AUGCAUGGACGAAGAGCUAAAAUUUGUAAAGAUGAGGAAGUUAAGCUUGAAAAAGCCAAAGAGUUAAUUCCCCUUGUAAACAUUUUAUUAAAAAAGAAAAGUGGAAAAAUUUAUGAUAAAGAAUACAUCGAAACGACAUCCAUCAUUUUGAAAAAAUGUCCCUACUUACAAACCUUAUGGAAUUAUAGGAGGGAGUAUUUUGAAUAUGUAAAAAAUAUGAAAUUAUGUGAAGGUGAUGAAAAAAAGGAUUACAAUAAGAACCUACUUCACGAAUUAAAAACUAUGAUGAAAAAUGAAAAUGUGAUGGUUGAAGAAAUUUUAAAUAAAUUUAGUAAGUGUAAUGAAUUAUGGUUCCAUAAACUAUGGAUAAUUAAAGUCUGUCUAAAAAAUAAUUUUAUAGAUAUUUCUGAUUUGAUAAAAGAAUUAGAAUUUUGCAAGAAUUCCUUCUACAAAGAUGACAGGAAUUACCAUAGCUGGAAUUACAGAUCUUAUAUAAUAGCCUGUAUACAAAUAUAUGUGAAAAAAAUAAAACACGAAAAAAUGAAGAAUGAGAAAAAUGAAAGGAAUGAGAAUAAUCACGUUUGUAAAGAAUUUGAUAACGAUUUUAACAUUCAUGAAUCCAAUUAUGAGUUGUCAAAAAUGUUGAUUGAAAAAAAUUUUUCAAAUUUCUCUGCAUGGUUUUUGAAGUAUACCAUAUGUGAAUCGUUAAUUAAUAUCAAUAACGAAUUAAAUUUGAUAAAAAAUGCAAUAUAUACUGAUCCUUUUGAUCAAAGUUUAUGGGAAUUUUAUAGAUGGUUUCUUUUUCAAAGAGGUAAUUACAAAGAAAAGGUAUUUUUUAUUCUUUUAGAAAAAAAUUCAAUUUUUUUUUUUUUUCAAAACUUAGUUAAGCUUAAUAUAUCCAAAUCAAAAUGCUAUGAUUUAAAUAAUGAGGAAGUCAAAGGGGAAUGGGGAAAACAUUUCCUAAUUCAUAAUAACCCGAACAAUAAUUUUGAAUCCUAUGUGUACUUUUUUAAAGUUACUGAUGAAUUUGUUGGUAAGAAUAUUUUUAAUAAUUUUAAUUCUUCUUUAAAAUUUUGUAUAUAUUAUUAUAAAUAUAAUAUAUAUGAGCCUGGAAAAAUACAUUACGAAAAAAAUGUAUUGCAAGAUCUGAUCGUUGAUCAUGAAUAUUUAAGUGAAGAAGACAAGUUUGAAUACAACUUUAACUACGAAAUAGAUUUUUCAAAAUUUUCAAAAAAUGAAAAUUUUAAGUUAUUACUAGAUUACGACAUACAGAAUAGUGAAAAUAUUCAAAUAUUUUCCAAGUCUAGUUGUGUAAAUACAUUCUUCUCUUUGUAUAAAUAUAUAAGCUAUUCUAAUAAACUGCUAAAUACAGCCAAACAUAUAAAUCUCUUUUCAUUGAAUUUGGAGCUAGAGCAAAUUGAUGAACUCUUACUUUUGGAAAACAAUUGCAAAUUCGCCUUAUUUACUAGAUUUGAAAUACUAAAAAGGUUAGAAAGAUUCGAAGAACUUUUUCAUUUACUUAAGGUGCUAAAAGAAGUUGACAAAAUCAGGGAGGGAUACUACGAAGACUUGGAAACAGAACUCAGAAUACAAAAAAAAAUAUAUGAUUACUACGAGAACUCAGAAAUAGUUGACAACGACGAGUUAGAUCUAAGUGGCUUAAAUAUUGAUAGCAUAAUUUAUCCUCUCCUAAUGGAAGCUUUUUUUAUACCGAACAUUAAUUUGUCGAAUAAUUUAAUAUCAGAAUCGUGCACAGGAAAAUUUACUGUAAAUUUUUUAUACAACCUGAAGGAACUAAAUUUGAGUCAUAAUAAAAUAAACUGUCUUGUCACACUAAUGAAAAAUUUGCAUAAUCUAAAAUUAUUGGAGAAGUUUGAUGUUAGCAACAAUCCUUUAGCAAACAUAGAUGAAGAUAUGGAUAACUUCACAUUUGUUACAUUACCCCAAUUAAAAGAAAUUAACAUUAGUGAUAGCAACAUUUCGCUGUUACUGAACCAAAACUACAAGCACAUAAACGAGAUUAACAAGUAUAAUGUUGUGAAGAAUAAUAACAAGGUAAUUUUAUCAAAACAAUAA